GUUUCAGAUGGUGACCACAUUGACAGAUUAAUAUCUUGCCUGCAUAUGGCUCUUCCAUUUUUUACGAGGGGUGCAUCAAGUAAUAGGUUUCUCAACUAUUUGAACAAGAAUAUUGUACCUGUUUUUGAUAAGGUAAUUAGUACUUUCCACUAAUUAUUUUAUUUGGAGAUUAAAAUAAAUAGUAGAGUUUGUAAUUGUCCUACAUUUUGCGCAUUUGAACUAGACCCAACGUUUAUAA